AUGAUUCCUGGUGUUUGUUUGUUUUCCAGUCAGAGAAAGCUUAUCAGGAAGUUCCUCAAACAAAUGAACGUGACAAUAGGCGACCUGGACGAAAUCAUCGAGUGGGUGGUGUGUGUCUCCAGUGAGGUGUUCCUCCCAGUGAUGGCUCUGCACAGGACCUCCAGACCAGAGCUGUCAGACUCGUCCCGCUGGGGGUCAGGUGUGCUCCAGAUCGUCUCUGAAAAGUUCCACCAGCGGAGUUCUGAGCCGACGGGAAGGCUCCUGGGCGGGCAGCCGCCCACUCCCCCUUCUGAGACCGACAAGGAGCUUCAGGGCAUAGCAGAUCUGUCUGUGAGUAACAUCCUGAAAAGGGCCCAGGAGGACCUAUUCUCUUCUGGUGAGGAUGACCUGGAGAACACCCAUCCAGGUAUUACUCUGACAGAAGAGAAGCUCUCCAGCAUCUUCUCAGAGCUGUUCAGGGAUGCCUGUGAGAGUGCCCAGGAGGCCGCCAGACGGAUCCACCAAAUGAAGUCUGGAAGAGGCAACAACAGCCAGAAUGGGAGUUGGCCUGGGUCGUCACAGGGAUCGAGCAGAUCCAACAUGCCAGAGUUGGGAGAACUGGGGUCAGUGAGGAGUCCCAAGGGAAGUGACGUCCAUAAAGUCCUUAGCGAGGGGUCCCUCCCUGUCUUUGCCCUGUUUGGGGAGAGGCCAGGGGAAGUUGGGGAGACCAGCAGCCCUGCUGGGGAGAUGGACGAGACCCAGACUGCCAGCACUCCCAACAUUCCCCGGUCUGGGCAUGGCGGCAGAAGGAGUAGCCAGACCACCACUCCCACCCCCGGCCACAGAGAGGCAGGAUUCACAGCCAGUAACAUCUUUGAUGUUAUUAUUCAUCUGGCGCACUCUGACACUGACCGGGAACUCCACCAGGAGUUCAGCAGUGAGGAUGAUGUUUCACUGAAUGACAUCAUGGACAUGAAGUCAACCCCGUCAGUGGAGCCCCUGGGUCAGAUCCUGUCCUCAUGGAAGCUGGUCAACAUGAUCUUCAGGGGGAAGGUCCACUACUUUGGGAAGAAGCUCAUCUGCAAGGUGUAUCAGAUGCUUCUGGACACCGGUAUGGGCAGGAGGCCAAUGGCCCGCCAGAGCAGGUCCGAGCCCAUCCUGAAAGACCUGGCUGCCAACCGUAGGCUCUCCAAUGAAUUCUUCACAGACGUGCUGUACAUGUUCAUCCAACGGGCCAUUAAGAAUCUGCUGGAGAACUUCUUGGGUCUGCCGACCACCCCACCAGGUAGAGACAUUAUGUGGAAUGACAACUUUAACUGGAUGUAUAGGGACGGCUGGGGGAACACCCCCACAUCCAGCGAGGAGGAAUUGUGGGACAGUGACUCCACCUGGUCAAGUGGGCAUGGGGAGGAGGAAGGGACAGAGUCCCGUGGGAGGUGGGCCGCUCUGUUGGAGAAGGGCAGCUUCCUGACCCUCCAGUCCUCCAGCUCCCUCUCCCUCUCCGAUGACAACAAGGAGGCACUAGGGGCCGUCUGCCAAGUCCUGACCACCAGGGUGGGAGACAUCCUGAACAGUACCUGCAACGACGAUUGCAAGGCCAGGCUCAUCAUCCAGAAAGGAUUGGAUUCCGGUGCCAGGGAAAGGUUCCCUGACUCUCCGUGUCCCUCUUCACCCAAGGACGAAGAGGAGGUGGUUGUGAGUGCCAUGACUGUUUCAUACCCUAAACCCUCCACCUCAACCCAGGCAGCAUGGGCAGCUCCUGCCCAGACUCUGGACGUGUUUCUGCCCAGACCCUGCCUGGAUGAAGAAGAGGUAGUGCCCAGCACCUCCUUGAAGGACAACUCUGUGACGACCACCCAUGCAGCACUGGCAGCUCCUUCCCAGACCCUGGAAGAAGAGGUGGGAGAAGCUGAGGUGUCCGACGUGAGUGACAGCUCCCUGAUGCCUACCAAGGCCCUUGAGAAGAUUCCCUCUCUCCUACCAGGCAAGAUCCUUAUCGAAGAGGACACCCUCAGUUGCAGCACUCCCUGGGCCACCGUCAUGAGCCCCCAGACCCUGAAGUUUAUCCUCCACGGCAUCAUGUGCCGACUGGAGGCCUCAGAGUCCCCCCAGGCAAGGAGGGCCAAUGACCCCUUCAGGCUGAUGAAGGAUCUCUUUCUAGAGGUCCAGCAUGCCCUGAAGUAUGCUGACAUCUCUGUCCUCUUUGGCCUGGAGGAGAGCAUCCAAUUCAUUGGGGAGGAUGCGGUGAAGGCCAUCGUGAAGACUGCAGCUAAACGAUUGUCCCUGCGUUCGGACUCCAACCGGGCUCAACUGCGUGCAGCACGCUCUGGUGGUGAGGGAGCCAUCAGGUGCAUGGCAGACACCAUCACACAAGUCAUAGAUGACUAUUCCGAGGACUGGAGUUCCGGAGGCCAUUUUGGAGCCAGGAGGAGCCGUGCUAGUGGGAGGUCACACUCCUCAACCUCCUCAAGGAGUGACGUCACCCUCACCGAGGAGCUCCUGGCCCGGAGGGAAUCCCUUGAAGAGGACCUAGAGGAGAUGGCUGAUGACAGCACUGGUUUGGAGAAGACCAUUGUAAGCUCAGCCAUCUCUGCCAAGUCCCAGGAGAAGGAGAAGGAAGAGGCUAUGAAGGAAGAAAUGAGGAAGUCAGGAAAGAAGAGGCAAAGAAAUAACAAGGACCAGAAGAAGAACAAGGUGUCUCCUCUUGGCAAUGAUAGUACUGUGGCUGCAGAUGACCCGAAGAAAAAACAGGCUCUCCUCCCGCGGAUCACAGCUGCCCUGGCAAGACUAUUUUGCUUCCCCUGCAAAAAAAGAUGCAAAAAGUAACCGUGCAGAAACGAGUUUGGGAAACCCUGAUACCACCUCCCCCAACCCACUUUCUAAAAAAACAUCAGUGCCACCAGAAGAGGGAGACAACCCCCCCUAUU